AUGACACCAGUCGCCGUCCUCGCCAUGGUCGAAAAUGGCAACUCUCCAGAGACGGCUCGCAAGCCAUUGCAUCCCUUCUUCACUCCGAACCGACAGCCUGCUCCUACAGCUUCGAUAGAACCCCCUACUGUUCCCGAUCAACCAGACGCGACCGAGGAUUCUAUAAUGUCCAUCGAUGAACCUGCUGAGCCGAAAGUCGAGGAUGAUACCCUGGAGAAGGCAUCUGGGAGACGGAGUAAGCGCCGCAAGGUGUCACCCGAGCUAGAAGAUGACGAAGAACAGAAGAAACCAAAGACGAGGAAGCGGACAAAGCCCAAUGUUGGCGCCGGAAUCUUGAACCAUUUUGUCAGAUUGGGAAAGGCAAAGGACGACGAUGCUGGACAACAGGAAGAAGGGGGUAUCACAACCACGCAACAAGAGGCAGAACCACAACAGCAAGAGUCAGAGCUACCACAACAAGACACAACUGGGAUGGAAGGUCACGUCGAGGUCGAGGACGCCAUACCGGCUCCAGCACAUGAUGUUAGUGGCAUCAUAAGGAAUCUGGUCGACGUUAACAUCCGAUCAUCUCCGCCGCCUCCAGCUGUCAAUGUUGAGCCCCCAAAGCCGACGAAACUUCUCCGAUUCAAUCCCAAAACAGGAACCAUUGGGUCACCCCCGAAACCGAAACAACAAGAGCUGACCGAAGAAUCAGUUCCGACAGUGAAGAAGAGGGUACAACCAUCACGCGUAAAGAAGCCAGAGUCCAAGCUCGUUACUAUUAAGUAUAGUUCCGAAUCGGAUGACGAGACACGGACUAGAGUUGGCGAGAAGAUCGAAGCUAUUCUCAAAGCGCCAAAACAACCACAAACAGCCAACCAGCGAAACAAGAAAUCUGCCGAGACCAAGAAACCUCCAGCGUCCAAGCCCGCCAAUUCAAAAUCUACACACCCCUUCUUCUCGGGGAAGGCCAAGGGGUCUUCAGCUGCGCCCCCUCCUUCCGAACCCAAGAACAACAAGCCUAGCGAACCAUCGCAGAAAGUCUUCAUGUCUACACCAUUCUCGCCAAAGAAACCUCGAGCAACGGCUUUCACUGGACGAAUGCCCCAGUUCGGCUUCAACAAGAACAACGUGCCCCUGAAGUUCCCUGGUGCAAAACCCCCAGUAUGGCCGUGGAAGGAUAUGGUGCAUGUUCGGGGAGAAGAUGAGCCAAUGCUCCAGGACAUUCAACUGCCUUUCCCAUCUCGCAAAUCCAAGGGUCAGUCAGUCAAGGUGGACCAGGCAGAAUCAAUUGUGAAUCUGGUUAGCAUGUCAAUUGGAAUCGAGUCUGUAAAACAAGCACUUCGCGACUUCAAUACGAACGAUUUCAUACCUGCACCCCCCGAGCUACGACUUCCCACUAAGCACUUCGAGAGCGGGAGAAAACUACAGCAGCGCAUUUUGCCUGAACUCAGGACAUUCAAGCCGACGAAAGCGACUGGCCAACUGAAAGCACCUCCUCAACUUGCCCGCCUUUACGACUCUGUAUCCUCCUCCCUAUCAGCGUUUGACCAGUCUCAGUGCGAAACCAGCAACUGGGCGCAAAACGAUGACGACUUCGUGGUCGACUCUGACUCGGACGAUGGAGUCGACUGUACCCCCAGUGGUUUUCGCGGCAUCACAAGGAAAACUGUUGUCAAAUCCACGGACCUGUCCGAGAAAGAUGCCUCCAAAAUCGCCAACACACUUAUUCUUAGCGGUCCUCAUGGUUGCGGCAAAACAGCUGCCGUUUACGCAGUAGCCAAAGAACUUGACUUUGAGGUCUUCGAGAUCAACUCGAGCAGCCGAAGGAGCGGGAAGGAUGUGCUCGAAAAGAUCGGCGACAUGACCAGGAAUCAUCUCGUCCAGCAGCACCAAUCCUACUCCUCCGACAAAGCUGGCGACGAUCAAGAAGAUGCUACUGCAGAGGAAGUCAAAUCCGGCAAGCAGGCAACUAUGAAUGCCUUUUUCCAGCCCAAGACCACCGCAGCAAAACCGAAGCAGCCUACUAAGCCACCACCUACCAGCGCGCCAAAAGAGGUCAAGAAAGAUAGCGGAAAGGCCCAAAGGCAGUCCCUGAUUCUCCUUGAAGAAGUUGACAUUCUCUACGAAGAAGACAAGCAAUUCUGGACAACCAUUGUCACCCUCAUAGCGCAAGCCAAACGACCAUUCGUCAUGACAUGCAAUGAUGAGACUCUGCUGCCCCUCCAUACCCUAAAACUACACGGUAUCUUCCGACUAAGCCCACCACCUACAGAGCUGGCAGUUGAUCGUUUGUUAUUGGUAGCAGCUAACGAAGGUCACGCUCUCACACGACAAGCAGUCGCAUCUCUGUAUGAGUCUCGCGGUCAUGACCUCCGCGCCGCCACCACGGAUCUGCAGUACUGGUGCCAGAUAGGCGUCGGUGACAGGAAGGGGGGCUUUGAAUGGUACUACCCGAGGUGGCCGAGGGGUUGUGAUCUUGAUGAGAACCGAGAUGUGGUGAGGGUUGUCAGUCAAAGCACGUAUCUCACGGGUAUGAACUGGCUCGGACGAGACACAGUGGUGGAUAAGGCUACCGAUGGACGGCAGGUGGAGGAAGAGAUCCUGGAGCAGGCUUGGGAUUCCUGGGGUCUCGAUAUGGGGAGCUGGCAAGACUCUGUUGGACUGGAAUCAUGGGCGGACGGGAUGCCUUCUUCUGGGGCUGGAAAGCUUGAGGCUCUUGAGGCGUUUGAGGAACUGGCUGAUGCCCUCAGUGCGGCGGAUUUAUGCUCUUCUCGGUCGUUUGGGACACUGAACGAGGAGCCACUUGACGCCACAACUCCCGAGCUCCCAGCUAAAGCCCGCGACGACUUCGUCCUCGGUCUAACGCCACUCGACUCGCCCCUUCUUACACUUCAUUACUCCCUUACCACUGCUCUCCCGACAACCAUCAAAUCGCUCUCUCGCUCCGUUUUACGGUCGCGCACCUCCGCGCUCACACAACAGCCCACACCCACUGAUACCCUCCAGCCACUAAACGAAUCCUUUGCCCUCGGCCUAAUCACAAAGUCUUUCAACUCCCUCUCCCUCUCCGCUCCCGAACAACCGGCCAUCAAGCGAAUCGACCUCGCCUUCGCCUUCGACCCCAUCGCCACCUCAGACUCUUCUACAGCAGCCUACCUCGACCACUCCGUCUUCGACCGCACCACGACCCUCAUCACGCUAGACGUUGCCCCUUACGUGCGGAGUAUCGUCGCCUACGAAUCGAGUCUGCAGAGGAGACGACUGAAAAUGAGUAGUUUGCUCAGUGUAAGCGAAGGUGUUGGCACGAAUAACGCAGACGGAGGAGGCACGGUGCCAAACAACGGGGGAGGAUCAGGAACAGGAACAAAAAGGAUGCGCACAACCCGCGCCGCACUAUCAGCGCUGGAAGGCGGAGAGAGGAGUGUCAAGCGCAAAGAGCGGUGGUUUAGAGGAGAACUUAACCCCUUCCUGGUGGAGAAGACGGGCGGAAGGGACUGGGGGGAUUUUACGCUUCAGUACUUGGCUGAAAAUUCCGUUGCUGCUGCUGGGCAUGGGCAGGAUCAUGAUGAGGAGAUGAAAAUGGCUGGUACUGGUACUGGUGGUACUGUUUCCGAAGCGGGGUCGGAGGUGUCUGUUCCUUGGGAGCGGGAAACUCAGGCUCAACAUCAACAGGUCGUGUCAGACGUGAAUGGUGCUCCUCAACCUGUUCAGCAGCAGCAGCGACUGGAGGUUUUGCUAAAAGCGAAGCCGAAGAGGGGAAGGCCGAGGAAGAACAUGGCGAAGGUGGUGGAGGUUGAUGACUCGGAGGAGGCUAAUUUGGUUCAAGUUCAACAUGAACCUGAUGAGCUGGCGGGACCAGUAGAUGGAGGAGGAGCAGGAGCAGGAGCAGGGGAUGGGAAGCAGGGGGCCAUGGAUGAGUUGGUGGGAAAAGCUGAGUUAGCUGGCACUGGCACUGGCACUGGCGAGGCUCUGGCUACGAGUCAACAUCAAGGUGAUGAUGCAGACGGUGACGGAGAUGGAGACAUCUCGAUGACCCAGUAG